CCAGGAGCACAACUGAUAGGACAGGAGUGUUGCGUCCUGAUAGUUCCCUCACCCUGCACAUGAAGUAAACAUCUCAAGAAACCAAAACAAUAUCUUGGAUAUUAGAUUUUCAUCCUAUUCAGUAUUCUUCGUAUAGUUUAAAAGCACUUCUAAAUAAUGUCGGUUACUACAAAAAAGAAGCAUGUAGAACGUGAACUCUAUGAGGAUUUCAGCCUCCCAGAAGAACACCAGUCUAUAGUGAGAGUUGUUAGACCCCGAGGCAAUAACCUGCAUCAGGUUACAACAACUAAAGGAGAAGAAUUCUUGGCUUCUAUGCCCCAUAAAUUCCGGAAGCAUGUGUGGAUCAAGCGGGGAGACUAUGUGGUGACAGAACCAAUACCUGAAGGGAAUAAAGUACGUGCAGAGAUUGUCCGAAUUCUGAUGAAGGACCACAUUAGAUACAUUAUGCAAAAUAACAAAUGGCCUUCUGCAUUUGCCGAACAUUGUGAAGAAAAGAAAGAAGAAAUUUUCAGUGAUAGGCUUCAUGAACUUAAAGUGAAUGAAGAUAGUGAGAGUGACACUGAAACUGAUAAUCUUUUGAUGGAAAAUCCAAAUAGGCAUAGAGUGUGUCUGGUGGAAUCUGAUUCCAGUAAUUCUGAUAGUGAAGAGGACCAUGAAAACUCUCAUAAAGAGAAAGACUAAUUAAUGUUUCAAGCGAGACUUUUAACUUUGUAUUGAAAUAAUAAAAACCACUGCCUUAC